AGGUUUUCAAGUGGAACAGUGCUACAUUUUUAUUAAUGUAUAAAAUGUAUUAUGUAUGUACGUCUAUAGUAUAAAAUGAUCCUUCCUGAAUAUGUGCAUACAUGUGCAAUCUGAAAUUGGUGUCUGACAAAUAUGUUUCUGCAACAAACAUAAAAAAAUUCAAGCUCGGAAAGAUUUAAAUUUGGAAAUAAUGGAACCGAAAAGAUGGCACUUGCAGCUGUCAUGUUUUUUCCUGCUGCUUAGCUCAACAUUUUCAGAUGUUGGCAAAAUAACGUCCUCUCAAAAUCACUUUGGAAAUACUAUACAGAGUCAGUUCACCACCAAAAACAACACUAGGGUAAUUGCCCAGAAAGGAGGGCUUGCCAUAUUACCCUGUGUCGUCAAAAUUAACUCUCCAGCAACGGUUUCUUGGAUACGCAGGAAAGAUUUCCAGCUACUAACGGUUGGGUUGUCAACACAUAGUAGCGAUAAACGGUUUUUGGUUGAGCAUACGCGGCAUAUGGGUCACUGGUCUCUUAGAAUUAAAGCCGUCAGAGAAGAGGAUCGUGGAUUUUAUGAGUGUCAAUUGUCAAUUUACCCAACCCAGUCAAUUUUUAUUGAACUAAAAAUCGUCGAAGCGGUUGCUGAAAUUUCAAGCGCACCUGAGCUUCACAUAGACGAAACUUCUACUUUACGGCUUGAGUGUAAACUUAAGCGGGCGACGGAAAAUCCCUCUUUUGUAUUUUGGUAUCAUGACAACAAAAUGAUUAAUUAUGAUGUACAAGGCGGUUUUGUUGUGACGUCGAUGGAAUCAAAUGGGAAGAGUAGCGUACAAAACGGACACAUUUUUAGAGUCUUGCCCGGGUUUGCUGGUAACAAAUCACGUAUUAUCCCUAUUCCGGAUCCCGUGGAGUCAAUUAAUGGAAUUCUAAAUAGCAAAAACGUAGCCACUUCAGCAAACUUCAUAUCGCCGAAUCCACCAUAUUUACAACCGCACCAGUCCUCAUAUCUUCUUGCUCCUUCUAUGAGUGUUCUAAGUAUUAAACAGGUUAAUUUUCGGCAUGCUGGUAACUACACCUGUGCUCCAUCAAAUGCCCGUCCUGCUAGCAUUACGGUACAUGUUUUAAGAGGAGAAAAAACUGCUGCCAUGCAACACGCUAAUCGAAGUUCUUUGGAUAGUGAGAAUUUGAGCAACAGCACUUUUGGGUUAAUUAGUAUAGGUGGUAUCAAUGGCACAAUCAGCCUAGUAUUAGCCAAAAGCUUAUUAUAUAUCUCAAUCAUAUUCCUAUUAGUAAGCGUUCUAUCAAAUUUUCGCCUACUAAAAGUUGUAGAUUCCCUAAUAUUCCUAGCAUUUAUAAUAUUACUCAUGGAAAGCUGAAAGUAAUUCAUGUUAUAAGAAAUGGAGCAAAUUCAAUCAACCGAAAGUAAAAAAAAUGCUCCAAGUUAUAAUUAUAAUUAUCGUACAUAUACAGGUAUAUGUAUAAUAUCGACAUACUUAUGUUCCAUGUAUAAGUCCCUUA